AAAAAUAUAUCGCAAAAAAUCGAGCAUUUAAUUCUGAAUCAAAGAUAAAAACAAGUAUUGAAAAAUGUCAUAUUAAAUUAACAUCCCCAAAAGAUAAAAAGGAAUUAUUCUUAUUAAAUAAUUGCAUAGAUAUUUCUUCUUUCCAGUCAUUACCGCAAAAAUUAGUCAAUAUUAUGAUACAAUCAAAAAACUUUAAUUAUAAUUCAUUUUUUAAUAAUCUUUAUUUUCAGGCCGAUUUUCCAUUGAUUGAAUUGAAUUUUGAAAGAGAUACUAUUAAACUAACCAAGGAAAUAAAAACAGCAGUAGACAAUGCUUUGAAUAACGAGAGGCCAUAUCAAGAAUUAAUUAAAGUAUUCAAUACAUUCGGUUAUUUAUUGUCUUUGAAAGUUAUUCUUGGUCAAAAACUAUACAGAUCAUGUAUUUUACAAAAGAGAUUAGACCUUGUUGAUGAACAAAUAGAAUUUAAAGAAAAUUAUUCAUCGGAGCUAGAUAAGCUUUUUAUUUUAUGGAAAGAUCAGUACGGAUUCGAUGAAAAGUACUUGAUGUCGAUAAAUGGAAAAGUUGUUAGAAAAAAUGAUAUUGAAAAGUGGCUAAAUGAACAUUUGAGACAAGAUUUUAAAUUAUUACGAAUUAUUGAUCAAAGUGAAUUAGUUCCAUUAUAUGAACUGUUUGAAGAACCGAUUAGGGGCAAUAUUAAAUCAAUUCUAGGAAUAGAUAAUCUUCCAAAAAUUCUUAUGACAGGGGUCGUGCAGAUUGUGAAGGGUGUCAAUUAUUAUAAUGUAGACUUUCCUUGUCAUUUAGAAAGUAGCAAUUAUCAUAUUUUUGCAAAUAUAACUAGAUCAAAUAAACAUUCAUUUGAUGUUAUUGAUGAAGCUAUUGUAAAAAUACGAUCUGGUAGCAGGACAGGUUUUUUAGCAAGAAUUGAAAAUUUUUAUGAAAUCAACGAUAUAAAUCCGGAAAACUUACAAAUUAUGUGGAUGCUAAUUGGGUUUCCGGAUGAAAUUAAUUUUUAUAGUCCGUAUACACGAGAAUUAUCUAUCAUAAGCAUGGAAAUUCAGAAUGUUGACAGUGGCAAAACAAGUGUAUUAAUAGAUGUUCCAGAAAAUUUACCAGCAAACUCCAGAAUAGUUUUGUCAUUUGAAUAUCCCUUGUCAAAUGAUUAUUCGAAAACUCAGGAUGGCAAAAUUGAAUUAAAAAUAGAUUACAAUCCAUUUGAUAAUAAUGACAGUACCUAUUCUGAGGGUACGAUGCCUGGAAACGAGCCUGAAAUUGAUGUUCAUGAAGACGAUAAUGUUGAAAGUGAAUCUGAAAACGAUAAUAUUGAAAGUGAAUCUGAAAACGAUAAUGAUGAAGGUGAAUCUGAAGAUGAUGCUGAAAAUGGAUCUGAAAGCGAUAAAGUUGGUGAAUCUGAAGAUGCUGAAAAUGGAUCUGAAAGCGAUAAAGUUGAGAGUGGUACUGAAAGUGGAUAUGAAAGUGAUGGUGCUGAAAGUGAAUAUGAAAGUGAUGGUGCUGAAAGUGAAUAUGAAAGUGAUGGUGCUGAAAGUGAAUACUCAAGUAUCAAUGCUGAAUAUAAUAUUAAGUAUUCUCUUUAUUCAUAUAUUUUUAUUUUUAACCAUGAAUUUAUAAAGGCUGACGUAUCAAAUAGUGAACAUAAAAAUCUACAUUUGAAAGCGAUUGGUUCAUCAAUUAACUAG